CUUUGGAUGUACCAACCCUCUCUCCAUCCUCCCCCCGUCCCCUCCUCCUGCUUUUCCCGUGGCUGGGCGCCCGACCGGGGGCCAUGGCGAAGUACCGGGACCUCUACCUGGAACGCGGCCUGGACAUCCUAUCUGUGGAGAGCACUGUGUGGCACUUCCUGUGGCCUCGUUGGGGGCUGAAGUAUGGGGCUGAGGUCCUGGAGGUCCUGGGAGACCCGCGUUUCAAAGGUCGCCCCCUUCUGGUCCACGCCUUCUCCAUCGGCGGGUACACCUUCACCCAGCUGCUCAGCCAGAUGGUCAGGGAGCCACACAAGUACCCAGGCCUGGCCCAACGGGUCGUAGGACAUGUCUAUGACAGCAUGGUGGUCGGGUCGCUGGAGCAUAUGGCUAAAGGCCUGGGUCUGACCCUGUUCCCUCAUAUUGAGCCCCUGGUGCGAUACACUGCUCUGCUCUACUUCUGGCUCUUCAAGUCCCAGACGGUGUACUACUAUGACAAGUCAAUCGAGGUCUUGUACAACAGCCCCGUCACCGCCCCGGCGCUCUUCUUCUUCUGCGAGAACGACCCGCUGUGCGACCCCGUCGCCAUGGAGGCGGUCCUCGACUUCUGGAGGAAGCGGGGCAUUGUUGUGGAAACCAGGAAGUGGAAGGAGUCUGUGCACGCUGCUCAUCUACGCUGUCACCCAGAGGAGUAUCUCUCCACACUGGAGAAUUUUGUUCACUCGCUCAAAAUCGCCCCCCUCAGGGCUAAGAUGUAAAUGGCUCAUGUGCUAAUAACAGUGGAGGGGUUUGAUCAUUCAAUAAAGCCUGCAUACUCAUGUGCCAAAACAAAUGUUAUAACAGAAGUUAUAACAAAAUUAUAACAUAGUGUAGUCAUGUAGCAUGUAAACUUUUAUCCAUAGAAACUUGUUUGACACAUACCCAGCAUAUGGGUCACGAGGGAAUCAAACCCUCAACACACUAGUUUUACUUCCCUGUUGCUAUAAUAACAACAUAUCCAAACCUAACUCCUAGCAUGUGUUUUGACUGUGCUACAUAUUAUUAUCUAUUUGUACAGAUAUAGGAUCUUAAUUUGACCAGCAUUGUCCUAGCAAAAUAAUUCAUGUUUAGUCCAUAAUGUUUAUUGAUCAGUGUUCAGGCUAUUAAAAGUUGGCAACAUUAAAAGUGCAGUACUGUUAAUAUAA